GCUUUUCAUUGGCCGACCACACUGUCAUAAGUGUAGCCAUGUCUGCUCCGAAACGCGGCGGCAGCACGGCCAAAGCCUUCGCGGGACAGAUCUACUCCGCGCUGCGGUAUUCCAGCCGCUCUACACCCACCAUCAGCGGUGUCGAAUGCUCUCGCCUCUGGGUUCAGGGCGUCGUGGUCGCAACGUCUGAAGAGCGGAAGCAAUGCACUGUAGACGACGGCACUGGCGUCUUGCGACUAGAGCUCAAGGUUUUCCUAAAAAAUGCGCCUCCAGGAGUCGAUGCUCGACCGCAAUUGGGUGACUACAUCAUGGCUAUCGGUCCGAUGCAGAAAGUUAAGACAGACGCAGCAGUAUCAGUACGCACGUUGGUGGCGCAUCAGGUUGUCAAGUUGGAUGCCAAGCUGCAACGUGAGCCAAUGUGGUUCCUGGAGGUCAUCGAAUACUGGACGUCCGUCGUAAACACCCCUGCAACAUAAAGAUCGCUACGAAAGUGCGGAAAGCUGUACAUGCUCAUUGUCGAUCCUUGAUGAGGUCCUAACUAACGUACUAGCUACAUGCAGUCUGCCUGUAAGGCGGCUAUUUUUUUUCUCC